CGCCAGCGGGUGGCGGGGGCUCCUCUUGCCUCCGGUCGGCUUCUCCUUGGUUGGAAUGGCGGCGGUGCGGGGCCUGCGGGUCUGUUUGGAACCUGGGGCCGAGGCCCAGGAGCCGGGCUCCGGCUCCGAGUCCGAGCGGGACGACGAGCCCAUGGAGGUGGAGGAGGGAGAGAUCGAGCCCGAGAAACUCGACUCCAUUUCGGUGCGGCGGUCGCUUAAGGACCUGAUCCCGGACACAAGUAGGCGUUAUGAGAACAAGGCUGGUACUUUCAUCACUGGCAUUGAUGUUACCUCAAAGGAAGCAGUGGAGAGGAAGGAACAACGAGCAAGGAGAUUUCACUUCCGGGCAGAGGUGAACCUCACUCAGCGGAAGGUGGUGCUUGACAAGGAGAUCUUGAAGGAAGCCAUUCCCAAGGUUCGCCUGGAGGCCCUCCACGUGACCGGAGUUGAUGAGAUGAGCACUGAAGAGAUCUUUGCGUAUUUUAAGGAAUACCCUCCAUCUAGCAUCGAGUGGAUUGAUGAUUCCUCCUGUAACGUGGUAUGGCUGGAUGAUGUCACAGCUGCCCGUGCCAUGAUUAACCUCAGUGUCAGGGCAGAUGUGAAUACUAGUGCUCGCUCACAGGCUGCAGUAAGAGGCAAACUCAACUCUGAGAAGCAAGAUAGCUCCAAUGAGCAUGAGCCAGCUGAGAGGGCCGAUGAUGAAGAGGAGGAAGAGGGGGAGUUAGAGAAGGAGCCCAGGGACUCUGAAGAAGUAGAAUGCAAAGCAGCCACAACAGACAGUGAGUUGGACACGCUGUCGCAGGCUGAACAAGCCUCAAUCCUUCGAAAUGAUCUGCGGCCAGCAAUCAGGGCGCCACAGGGAAACAAGUUGCAACUGAGAUUCGCCACCAAAGAUGAUCGGAAGGAAUUGGGAGCAGCGAGGCGGAGUCAGUAUUACAUGAAAUAUGGGAAUCCGAAUUAUGGCGGCAUGAAGGGAAUCCUGUCAAAUUCCUGGAAGCGACGAUAUCAUGCCCGACGGAUCCAGAGAGACAUUCUAAAGAAAAAAUCUUUCCUGCCUGAUGAUGUGGGACUAGCAUCCCGUUAUAAACACCAUCACUCUGGUCUGGGGAAUGUUCCCGAGGAGCCGAUCCAGGAGGAGGAUGAGGAUGAAGAUGAUGCGGAGCAGGAUAUGGAGGCAGACGACCGGGUGGUGGUCGAAUAUCGCAAUGAGAGCCGCACAGGUGGGCACUUCAGCCCCCGGGGUUCAGACUCUGAUGAGAUGGACUAUGAUCUGGAGCUGAAGAUGAUCUCGAUGCCGUUGCCCAAGAAGAGUCUGAAGAUGACUAUGUAUGCAGACGAAGUGGAGGCCCAGCUGAAGACUAUUCGGAACUCGAUGAAGCCGGAAGCAAACAUGACGAUUGUGUCUAGCAACGUGAGGAACCGGAUUGGUGCCAGGCUUUCAACUGAGAAGGUUUCUGAUGUGCGGCUACUCCUGGAGGAGAAACGGCAGCUGGCGGAGAGGCAGUUGCCCACGGCAGCUGGCAGCAGCUCAGUCACCAGCACAGGUGUCAGACAGCGACUUGGGAAGAGGCCACACUCUCCACAGGCCAGCAGCAUCUCCAUCACCCGAAGAGAGCCACAGACAGAUGUCCACAGCAGACUGGGGUUCCCUAAACAGGACAGCAGGAGCUUCACGCCUGACAAGAGCAAGAAAAUGGGGAGUUUAUGGAGUCGCCUUGGCAAACCCCCAGUAAAAAGCGAGAAGAUACCAGAGAAAGAGGCAGAGAAGGAACCUGCUGCAGAGAAAGAGGAGGAGGUGGUAGCAGUGAAAGAGGAAGAGAAGGAUGAGGAUGAUGACACAGAGCUCCAACGCGCCUGGGGUGCUCUGAUCAGAGAGAAGGAACGUUCGCACAAGAAGAGUCGUUUAGACAACCUCCCGUCACUACAGAUUGAAAUCAGCCGGGAGAGCUCCACCUCGGACAGUGAAUCUUGACCUCUUGAAGCCCUGACCACGAACUCUGACCCACCAUGGAGAAAAAUGGCAGCUCCCUGGGGCACACGGGGACAAUUUGCCAGCCCUGAGCUGAAAACAGGCGCCUGUGUUUGGAACAAACUCAACCCGAAAUGUUACUGUUUACCUUCUGACUGAAUUAAAUUUAACCUUGAA